CGUUUAGUGAUUCGAGAAGUUCAAAAGUUCAAUAGUUUCCAAUAAGAUUUGCUGCCAUGCGCUGAUUGGUUCGGAAUUAUUUGGUGCAAGUGAAUUUUAUGUUGAGCAGAUCUGCAGUUGCCGGUGGAUAGUCGCAAUAUGUGGGCAUCGCGCCCAGAUGAAAGUGAGAAACUGUUUGCGUAGGAUAUACAAUUCAUCGCUUUGAUCCCAGGGUAGACAGCGUUUGGUAGUCUGUCGGAAAUUCGCAAACAAAGCUAUUCCAUCACCUAGAUUAGAUAGCAAGUAUUGCUAGUUCCGUUCAAUCAGCUGCUACCACGUGCAAAAGCCCCUCCGCCUGGUGAUUGAAUCAGAUAAAACCCAACUCCACCCCCGACGGUUCAUCAGUAUUAAAAGAGACUGCAAGGCAAAUCAAAGUGGUGAAAAAUGAAGUACCUUCUGCUCUCGUUGCACUUCCUAUUCUGCGUAAAACUAUACGAAGCAAAAGUAGUAAUCACAGCGGAUACUACGGGGCCAUUCGUCCACAAACGACCAUCUUUGGAUACCUACAACCAGCAAAGGCAACAUGUCAUCGAAAAACAAGAACGGCGCUUUCUGGGCGCUGAUUUGAUGCUGACCAACGACGAGAAGAUUGUCAAUAGCCACAUUAUGAAACUGAAGAGGGCCGAAAUGGAUGAAGGGUUUAAAGACAGCUUUCAAUUCAUUCCGGCACGCCAUAUCUUCGAGAAAUUGGAUCAGUUGAACAGUUCGAAGCUUUUUCAAUUAAUUCGACGAAUACCGAAGGGAGCGGUGCUGCAUGCUCACGAUACUGCAAUCGGAAGUACCGAUUUGCUGAUUAAUGCUACGUACAGACCUAAUCUAUGGCAAAAUGGUAGAUUCGAGUCAAACACACCUCCGACUUUCGUAUUUUCCAAAACAAAACCCGAUGGAAAGGGUUGGGAACUUGUGUCGAAAGUUCGUAAUGAAAUGACGGCUGAGAUUUACGACGAAAAACUGAGAGAUUUAUUUGGACUGUACACCAAGGAUCCAAUUAAUACGUACAAAAGCAUUAAUGUCGUGUGGGAUAAAUUUCAACAGCUAUUCACUACCAUAGGACCAAUUAUUAAUUAUGAACCGGUAUGGAGACAGUAUUACUAUGAUUCCCUAAAAGAAUUCUACGACGACCAGGUAAACUAUCUGGAACUACGAGGGGUUCUUCCAGAGGUGUAUGAUCUCACCGGGAAGAUUUAUUCGCCAGAGGAAAUUGUUCAAAUAUAUGUUGAAGAGACGAAGAGGUUUAUUCACAAUUAUCCAGAUUUUAUUGGAGCCAAAUUUGUUUAUGCUCCCCCACGUUUCGGAGACGACGAUGUUUUCCGUGGUUUCAUAAAAAUUUUGAAAAGUUUGCACGAGAAGUUUCCCAAGUUUGUGGCUGGGUUCGACUUGGUUGGUCAGGAGGAUACUGGGCGAGCACUGCUGGAAUUCGUUCCUGAGCUGCUGAAGCUACCCGAGUCCAUUCAGUUCUUCUUUCACUCAGGAGAGACCAAUUGGUACGGAAUGAAAACUGAUGCAAAUUUGAUUGAUGCAAUUCUGCUAGGGACCAAGCGUAUCGGGCAUGGUUUCGCAUUGAUCAAGCAUCCUCUUCUACUGGAGGAAAUCAAACAGAGACAGAUUUGCGUUGAAAUCAAUCCCAUAUCCAAUCAAGUGCUCAAACUGGUGGAAGACUACAGAAAUCACCCGGCAGCGCUAUUCUUCGCCGAUGACUAUCCCGUCGUUGUGUCCUCUGACGAUCCAUCCUUCUGGCGGGCAACUCCACUGAGUCACGAUUUCUAUAUGGCCUUCGUGGGUAUCGCUUCUGCUCAACAUGAUCUGCGAAUGCUGAAGCAGUUGGCGAUCAAUUCGAUUCAGUUCAGCGCUAUGGACAAGGUUGACAAGGCUAGAGCCAUGCGUAAAUGGGAAAGUCUAUGGAAUGGGACAAUGCAAACGCUUGCGUCCGAUAUUUCGAAGGGAAAUCUGAAAUAAAUCUGCAAUAAUUGUUUGUCAAUUUUCAUUCAUGACUAUUGAGAAAUUAUUUCAAAUGUUUGAUUGUUCAGCUGGAAAUAUCUAGAAUCUGAAAUCCUAUAGAAAAAAUUAUAGACCAAAAUUUUAAAUCCAAAAACCCGAUCAUCUCAUGUUUGAAAAAUAAAAAAUGUAAACUCAGAAAAAUGUAGAUUUUUUUUAUUCAAACAUGGAAUCCAGAAUACGCACAAUCUAAAAUUUAAAAAAAGCUGUGAUCCAUGAAUCCGAAUCUAAGAACUCGGAAAUCUAAAAUACAAAAAUUUAAAAUCAGAAA